GUCCAGACUGCCGACCAUAAAGCUGCGAAUCGCGGUACUUUGAAGUACAAUUCCAAGUCAUUGGAGGAAUCAACCACCGCAUCGUCAACUUCGUCGUUAUCGAGAUCCAGAACGAACCGAGAGAGAUCGGCGCAAUCGAGGAGGCUCUCGAACAUCGAAGGAACGACCCAGGCUUCAACGAUCAAUUCAGAAUUAAACUCAAGCGAAUCUUCGAUCACCAGAACGAUCGGAACCACCGAAAGAGACAGCACAUCGACAGCAAUCGAAGUCGCAGACGAGUCAAAUGGAACAUCGGACAAAAAGAUUGGGGAAGUUAGAAAGAUAGAGCCGACGAUUAACAGACGAAAUGGCAAGAGAUAUUUGCCCGAGAACGAUGAAGGAACGAGAUCGAAGGACAGUGAGCAGAGAGUCUCGGUCGAAACGUCGAGAGGUGUUUCUCGAAGAACGUCCAAUGGAAGAUCGAAUAACUCACGAGUCACUGAGAGACUGGACAACAAAGGGCCAUCCGUGUUCCUGGCAACCACGGAGCUAUCGAGAUCCAGAACUGGAAGGAAGAUUCAAACGACUUACUCGAAGAAAGACUCGAAGACGCAGAUCUCUACGUCUAGAAGGUACAACAACAAGAAGUUGGAUGUUGAAUUUACUACAACGUCGUACAGGAGAGAAGGCAAAGGUAGAUCGACGACAGAGAGGAUCGAAAGGAGUACCAGAUCUGGUAGAUCGAGAGUGAACAACACGGAGAAUAAUUCCGUUACUCGAAGAGGUCCGGAUACUCUUUUGUCGGAAUCCGAGAGUGUGAGAAUCGACAUACCGCUCGUGGUGAACGGAACAGGAAAUCCAGUAACGACUGAGUCUGCUGCGGUCUCUCAGAGAAGAUCGGACACUAAAGAGUCAUCCAGGUCUGGUCGAACAGGGUCCGAAAGGUCGAAAAAUCGCGGACGAUCGAACGAUCCUGAAGUUGCUGGGUCGUCUAGAGGUUCUUCCGGAACUUCCUCUCGAAGAGGUUCCUCAAAGUUCGGCGAUUCCACGACGACGGAGGCUAACGAGCAGGUCGUUAGUUCGAGGAGAAAUACGAUUUCCAGGGAUCGUUCGAGAAGCCCCGACGCCAAGAAGAAUUCCGUGACCGAGUCUAGAUCGAGAUCUAGAGGUAGAAAUUUGGAAAAUAAUGAGAAAUCUAGUUCGAACGGUGGUCCGGAGAGGGACACGAAGCGCAAAGUGGCUGGGGAGAGAAAUUCUUCGGAUAGGAGAUCGAGAGUUUCUGACAGUGUUUCAAGAAUCACUGAAAGUCGUGGAAAGGAUAGUCAGGAUGUGCGUGGAAGAUCGAGAAACAGGUCGAGACCGGAUGUUACUACGGAUGUUACCACAACUGUUGCGCCAGAGACGACAGCCCUCAUCGACGUAACAACCAUUGAUUCUGAGGUAACAACCAUAAAACCAGUGACACCAACGACUACUUCAAGUUCAAGAGCCACGUCUAGACCAUCGUCGAGUUCCACUUCAACGACUGAAGCGUCGGGACGAGGUCGAGGAAGAGGCAGAGGCGGGAGUCACGGUAGGAAACAGAAAGAGGACUUCUUCAAUUUUGGACUAGGGUUCAGAGGUCGAAAACCCUCGCCGGAAGGACCUUCGAACGCGACGCAGCCUAGAAAAACAAUCUUAUGGAAAAACGAUACGCCGAUAAACGGAAAUCCAGGCUGGACGCUCAGAAGGCGGCCAGGUCAUUUUAACAACACCGCGAAUCCCUCGAGAACGAUCGUGCCCUCGUCGAGGGAUCAAACGAACGAAGUAAUACCGCCGAACGAAGAGUCAACUAGCACCGAAGUAGGAGUAACGACUACCACGGAAAGUUCUACUACUACGUUCAGCUCGAGAAGAGGCUUCAAGAAGCUGCAAACAAUAGAUGAAAGUUCUACCGUGGCUGGAACCACGGUGAAGAGCUACAGAAGGGGCAACAAAACCUUUGGAAACAGCAAAGCGACCGCGGAGCGUGAAGAGAGCGACAAUUAUCCGCCCGAGUUUAAGGCGAGGUUAACUCAGCUGGAACAAGAGUGGAGGAUCUAUGGCCGGCGCUCGAGGAACAACUCGAUGGCGUUCGAGCCUGACGACCUCGAAACCGCAGCUUCAGCAAAUGUUUUGACGGAUGAAAGUUUAGUCAUGAAUCCCUUAACGUUGAUUAAUGGCAGAGGAUCGCGACGCGUGAAAAAAUCGUCGGCCGCUCUGUUCGCUGAAAGAUCGCGGAUGAAGCUGGAUCUGGCUAGGAGGUUAGUGAAGCCAGAGUUGAACAUCGAGGAGAAUGAUCUCGACGCAACCACGGCCUCCUCUUUCAGCAAACCGAGGCCAACCGACGUGCCGGUGCUCGACGAGACGAGCAAGGUCGCCGAACACGCUAAACCCGCCGCCACGGCAUCGGGACGUAGCAACAGGCCUUCCACUUCCGUGGAAAGCUCUCGGGAUGAGGUUAACGUGAAAUCCUCGAGGAAAGACCACGAGGAUUCGUCGAAGGUCACCGGCCGACCGAACGGUUUAAAGAAAGGGCGGAUCAUUGCGGAACGUAUGGUCACCUCGAUCUCGAUCGAGGAGAGAACCGCCACCGAGGAGACCACUAAACCGUAUGUAUUAUCCACGAACCCUCCGGUGAUCGCACCCGCGGAACAGGGAUCGGAGACCGCCGUCGACUCGACGAGGAUUCGUCUGUCCGGCGGUCGAGCAGGGAAAAAGUCGAAGGAAGAGGACUCGACGAUCAAGAACAUGAAGGUUUCGCUGUACUCUACUCGACGUACCGAGACCAGCGAUCACGUCACCACUAUUAAACCGAAGAAACCCUAUCUCUAUCAAUCGCGCAAUACUAAAUUCCAAUUGCAAAAGUCUACGCCGAUCGAACAGAGUUCCACGACGCCGUCACCGAAGAAACCGUACGCACCCACGCAUAGGAAAUCGCAAACGUUCCAAUCGCAAGACGACGUUGCUAAAAAAUCGAAAUUUUCCAACAGCGCUGGCAAGCCCAUGUUUAGACCCCGUUAUAGCAAACGGACCAAGGAGAAGUCUAUCGACGAGAAGAAGACGAACGACGAAGCUACGAUCACCACCAACGUACCGGUAGCUACUAGCAGAUACUCGAGGAAGAAAUCUUUGGUGAAGAGUAUCGAUGACAGAUCGAUAACCACGGACAGACCAGCUACCCAGACUAAGAAGCUUGAGUUUCGUCCUAGAACCGCGACCUACAGAAGGCACUCGGAGGUUCCGACGACCUUAGUCGAGUCGAGUACCAAGGUCGACAGACGUGCAGGAGUCGCCAUCACUCCUAGAUCGACAAAGUACCAUGCUACGUUGAAGACCACGACCGCAUCUCCUCGAUCGGUAGCGCAGGAACCGCGAGUGAGCCUGAAGAUCGCCAACGAGUCGACAUCAGGGAUUAUCGACAACAGUAACGGGGACAUCGGUAACUCGAACAUCUUCAAUCCGACCAGAAGCACGUUUCUCAGUGGGAACAACACGCUGCUCGAGCAACUGAGAAGCACCGUGGCACCAUUGCUCAGCUCUCUUGGUAACAAGACACCUGUGUUCUCCGAGUCGUACAGUAACGUUAACAACGCGAAUUCACCACCCAGAAUUACCCCGAGUGGACAACCACCCCGCUUUAGCGCGAGAUACAAAGGAGCGGAGUUGUUCGUUAGAAAACAAAAUAAUAUUUAUCAGCCCACUGUGCCAUCGAUCACUAGUUCGUCGACUACGCCAGUUACACCUGUAGAGAACUCUGGUUCGGCACCACCGAUCGACAUCUCGAGCCCCGGCGAGCCGAGAUUCUUGACCAUUUAUCAGGCACUGGAGUCGGCCAGCAUCAGGAACGAACAAUUAUUACGAAACGCGAGUGUACAGCUGCAAGAGCAACAAGCUGACAGGGUUUCCCAGGUAGACUCUAACGCCACUGCGAUCGCUAACAUCGUCGGCGAUAAUGCUAACAAUGACACGACAAGUCCCACUGUAGCGACUAUCACCCCAGACACCAUCGCGAACACUACUCAGGAUAGUACACAGACCCCGAGAUUAUCCGAGGACCCGGAGGACACCACCCUCGCGAUUACCGCAGGAUUCCCUACGAAUGAAACCCCUACGACCACCGACUCGGUUUUCACGAGCGCAGAACCGUCCUCUAGUACCGAAGUACAAGCCUCCACCAGCGCAGAAUCGCUUUCCACUACUGAACAAAUUUCCACCAGUACAGAUUCGUCUUCUACUCUGGCAGAGAUUUCCGUCAAAAUCGGUUCUGUGCCUGUCACCGAACCAGCCAGCACAGAGUCGUCCUCGCAGGCUGCGGAUGAAACGACGAUGAAUGUCACGGAUGCGGAUGACGUUCAAACUUCCACGUCAGAUAAUGGUUCGACGAACCAGGAACUUGUAAGUUUUACCACAACUACGAGCUCCGUCUCUGAAGGUAGCAGUACCGAGGUCGAGGCAGGUACGAGUUCCACUGGCAGUAACAACGAGGUGCAGAGCUCGAUCAGCGACGUCGAUGUCACGUCGAGAGUAGACGUAUCAGAGAAUACGACAGAGACGACAACCGUCACCAACACGGCGACUACUUCCGAAAAUCCCGAGAUCAAUACUAUACCACUGUCUGAUGUUACUGCCACGCAGAUAGCUGAUAUCAGCUCGACCGAUGCUUCAACGACCGAGAUGGAUUCAAAUAACGGGAAUGACGUGGAGACAACUACAACGAUAUCUACGUCGACGAUUCGGACCAGGUUGAUAGAUUUUGCGGAAGAUAUUCUGUCGCGAUUGCAAGCGACUCUGUCGACGACCAUGCUACCGAAUCAAGAUUCGACGACGACGUUGCCUCUCACGGAAAUAUCGAACGUGGUAUCAGAUUCGAGUGGUGACCGUAAUUUGGAGUCUCUGUCGCAAUUGAAGGACAAGACGACAACUAGUCAAGGAGUUACGACGGAUCAAUCGAGUUUAGGAACGACCGAAGAAGUGACCACCCAAAACGCAGUAGGUUCAAUCACUACUUCGUCAUCCACGAUGGUACCUAAUCGAGAAGUCAGCACGCAGGACGAAUUGAAUUCAUUCACAAGCACAACGCCAGAAACAAUAACAACUACAACAGUCACACAAGAUCUUCAGACAGUGUCGAACUCAGAUUCAAACGACUCCUCGAGUCCCACGUUAGACGUUGAAGUAACUACUGCGUCGAUCGUCACUUCCACCAACGACACUUUGUUGACAGAGUUAAUGUCCAUUGCCAAGACACUCCUUUCGGAAGAGAUAAACGAUACUCAAGCAGCGACAGCAAGGCAAAAUUCGAACGUCACGUCUGAAUUAGGAGACUUGAUGGAAAAUGAGAUAGACCGACCAAGUUUAUCGAACUCAGACGUACUCAGCACAACUCAAGCUGCGGAAACAUCGUCCGUUCCUCCGGAUGUCACGACAGAAAGCGUAGACUCAACGUCGACCACCGUAGUUGCGCCCAAAUCUUCAACUUUCUUCGUUGAUUCUCCCCAGAACGAGGUAGACUCUACUACGACCAUAUCUUCUGAAAAUUCGACAGAUACACCGACAACGAUCCCUCGGAGUAACAUAUCUGACGACAAAGUAGAGAGUGUACGGAACGGAACAACACCGGUAGCAUUAGGACCCUUUACCGAGUUCGUAGAGUCGACGACCCCCUCGUUUACGACAGAAAUCGGGUCACAAGUUACCUUGUCGAAUAGAGGAUCGAUAGAUCCCGACAUUACGACUCAGACACAGACAAUCAUCAGCACACAAAGCUCAGAAACCACAAUCACAUCCACCAUGAACUUCGAACUAACCACUAACACGUUCGAUCUGUUUUCGUCAAAUUUAGUCACAACGGUGAAUCCUCAAACAGCUUCUGACCAGGUUACAGGAAGUGUUACAGAACCUGCGGGAACCACCGUGGCAUUAAGCAGUCUCACAACCGUAACAUCACAGCUUGAGACAGAUACUGGCACUCUCGAACCCGAAGUAACUACCAUAGCUCCCGAAACCAUCCCUUCUCUUGUAAAUAUGAUCACUACCACACCAUUUGUAUCCGCUGUAACGAAUCAAACCGAUCAAACCACGAUGGCGCCUGUCAUAGGCUCGGUUCAACGUGUAAACGAUGUACUUGUGGAAACUAACCAUACAACAGAGUCUACGACUCAGUUGGUACCUCUGACCACUGAAACCGCUGAUAACGAAACCCUCGAAGCCACCACGCUAUCAAUUACAACCACUGCGCCAUUGGAUGUUAGUUUCAUGGACAGAGUCACUAUUAACCAGUCUCUGUUAACGUCGAGUCCAAUGUCAUCCACGGAAACUACUACUAAUACGCCCAGCGAAAAUAUCCCCCAAACGACCCCAACCCUCGAGAACGAAACUCCAACUGUUGUUGCCCGUUUCCAGGAUACCACAUCAACAACCGCCCAAAGGACGGCAGGUUCGAGAAUCGGCCAAACGACCGAAAUUGCAACUCCCACGAUCCCAGAUUCCUCGACCACAUCCUCUCCCACUUCAUUGUCUCCCGACUCUUCUUUCAUCACAACCACUUCAUUUUCGGUCGAAACGACGACGGCGACGACCACGACUGAGACGACGACGCCGACGAGUAUAGGACGCGUGCCCGACGAGGGUACAUCGACACCUCAGACGACAAGAAUGGGCAUCGUCACUGUCACCCCGUUGACAGAAACUACCACUACCGUCAAUAUAGAAGAGAAUCUUGUGUCUACUGAAACCACGACGUCGACGGGUCCAGCCUCGUCGGACAGUACAACCGCGAUGCCAACUUUCACGAGUACGCCUGGAGGUGUUCCCAUCGAAGCAACGACCAUGUCCAUGCAAACUGGAACCCCUGGAACCAGCGCACAGACAACAGUUAGCCCCCAAUCUAGGCUAACUUUCCAGAGUCCAACGACACCGUAUUUAGGUCGUUUCGGUGGCAACAGAUUGACACCCGCACCACGGUUCAGCACGAGCUCGAGUACCAGAGCGCCUCUACGCGACUACCUGGUGUACGGAAUCUAUCCGAACAAAACGAUCGUGAGAAAACGGCCGGAGGACAACCUAAUCGAUGCUAGGAACGUGGACAGCCCGUACGUGAUAUUCGGUAUCUUCCCGGAUGGCAGGCUGGUCCGGAAAUUCCCGAAUGGAACGAUAAUACCGGAUCCACCUAGGAGCCCGGUCGAGGUUGUGUUCACACUUAGCACUUCCACUACCACUAACAGGCCGUAUUAUAACCAGGCUAACCAAGGCACUUACAAUCAGUAUCGAGGCCCGGUGUACGAUAAUAACGAUAGACCUGUCGCUGAAACGACGAGAAACGCCCAAACUCCCGCCACCAUUGAUGCUCGUCUUUCUGGUAACGCGAUCGUCGGCCCCAAUGGAGGUGGACCCGAUAAUACUGGGCCACUUGGUACCCCUGCUAGCCUCCCGAGCAUCAACGAAAUGAGCAAUGCCCUGUUGAAUACGCAAAUGGGGACAGCGUCGGUGACGCCGAUAGUAAGUACCGGUCGACCGCCGACCGAUUCGCAGGGCGGUCGUAUCGUCCAGGAUCGAGAGAGGGACGAGGCCACCAGGACGAAAGAGGCCGGAGGUCAACGCAGCUCCGUGUACAUCGGACAGACUGCUGCAAACAAGGGGCAAUCGCCUGCUGUACCAUCGUUUGAGAAUCUUCUGAAUAAUCAACCAGACAGGCGAGUCACAGCUCCGCCUGGAUUCCCAUGGAGGGAUCCUUUGGACCAGAUCUUUGGUAUUACUACCUCCUCGCCGGUAAUAACAGCUUCAGUUGCAUCAAACACUCUGGACGAUUCGUCAGAACCAAACGGUCCGAUCUCAGCACGACCGAUAAAUCCAUUCGUCGAGGUCUUUACCCCGUUUUCUAAUGCGAUUGGGGUUCCUAAAGCCAACAUAGGUUCCAUUCCUCCUCCACCACCGCCAUCAACGUCUGUUGCAUCCAGUACAAUUCCUAUACCUACUACUAGUACUACUACUACUACUACUACGAUGGCAUCACCACCAUCACCAAUAACAACAACAACAACAAUUACUACUACUACUACUACUACUACGGCACCAAUGACCACUAUUACUACCACAACGACAAUGGCCCCAACAAUUUCCACGAUUACAGCACGUGCUACUACUGCAGAGCCUGCAACAACGGCUCAAAGGGCCAAUAUCGCAUCACAAGUAGGAACAUCUGGAGCAGCAACAUCUUCUCAAACAAAUUCGUUGGAUUUACGAAAGAAUUUGUUGAAUCCGCAACAACAGAAUGCUUUUGGUACUACGUUCGAUGAUUUGGUCUUUCUGAAUUCGUUGAUCCUGGAACUGGCAUUGAAAAAUCCGGGACCAACUCGAUCACCAAAAGCAAUCAACAUCGAAAAUCCUCCACCAAAUUCAAUUUACCAAUCACCGACAAAAUCUCCUACAGAGCCAAUAAUAAUCGAGUUGUCUCCGUCGAUGGCAACUUCAACGCAGCAACCAACCAGUCAGAAACCAACAAUUAGUAGCUCGACACCCGUGCAAGUGACUUGGAAGCCAGUUACAACGACUACGACGAAAAGAAUCGAGACAAGCACAGUUCCUUCGUCGACGACGAUUAAAACGACUUUGAUAAGUACCACUAAGGCUCCUGUAACUAUCAAAGCUAAACCAGCGACCACUCCUCGACCUAAAACCACCACUCAAGCACCAUUAGGCUUCGCUGGUCUUCUGUGGCAGACUCUCCUUGGUGGGAAUAUAUUUGAGCCAUCGACAACUCCAAAACCCGUGAAAGUUAAAUCGGUGGCGAAACCCACGCAAAAAGCGGUCAAUAUUACACCGAAACCACUUCAAACCACAGAGAGGAUAGAGACAACGACGAUUCCCUCUACUGCUACGACUCUGAAAGCAGUGGACAUUUCGAAGAUUCAAGUGAGCAGUCCAAACUCGAUUAUAAAUGAGAAGUCAGUGACGACGCCAGGUCCUAUUUCGACGACUGAUCAACCAUUGAUAAAUAAUCCAAAUCCGAGAUUGCCUAAUGUGGUGACGUCGACCUAUUCUCCUGAAGAUGAUGCAAAGUUCUUGGUCGAGCUUCUGCGGGCUGUUGAACAUGAUAAUAAAAUUGGUUCCUCGAAGAAAACAUCAGGGUUAAGUCGGGACGACGAAGCAUUUCUAAGAGCGAUUUUAAGCGGUCGAGCGUUAGCAACAUCACCAGCUCCAACAUCGACGACAGAAGCCAGUAACGCGGCUUUGUUGGCGGCGUUAUUGAAAGCUCAAGGUAUAGAGCCGUCAACUCCGGCUAAUAACAUUAGAGAGCAACUGCAAUUAGCGAGCCUCGGGCAGAGCGUCACUUCCACUACGACCACGUCCCCGACCAGCGAGUCUACGACAAUUACAACAAGGUCGGCAUCGACUGCUGCAAACCGACCUACGGAUACCACAAAAAAGUCAGUGACACCGAGACCAACCUCGGGGCCAAGGACACGCACUACAAUUUGGUCGCCGAGCUCUACAUAUCCACCACCUCUUUUCAGCUCGUUCCCUGUACGAUCAACCGGUAGUAAUUCUGGAAAUAGCGCGUUAAUCGGUGCUACCAGAGCAUUCAGUCAGUUUCUCGGUGCUGCGAUAAGUCGUGUCAGAAGUAUCUCUCACUCAGCAGAGGAGGUCUAUGUCGAUAACGAAAUCAAUACGAAGUCUCGAUGGAUGCGAGUCGCGACAGACUCGGUCGAGUCGACGCCUUGCAAACGUUUCUCUGGGGUAGGGCCGAUCGACGGCUCCGGAUACCUCUUUGAGACAUUUGUAACGUUCGUCGCAAUUAAGGUAAUUAAUCGGAGGGGGACGACGCGCCUCGUCACGACUCGCGAGACAGUGACGAUCCGCGGCGUCCCACGUGUGAAGCGCGGAUCGAUUUGCGGGGCCCACCCACAAAGCUCGACUUAACCACGACCUCGUCGACGAUGCUGCUUAAGAAGAAGGUGGUAACUUAAACGUAUAUCUCUGAAUGGGAGCGCGAGUAUGAGAAAGAAUGCGCGUGUGUAUGUGUCUAAAAGAAACAAAAUGACAGAGAGAGAGAGAGAGAGAGAGAGACAAAGUAAGACAAGGGUACAUAGAGAAACGUGAAGGGAACAUUGUGUGUAUAGUUCGCGAGCACCUUUCGCCGUUGGUGCGUCGCGUUCCUUUUCUUCUUUUUAUAUAAUAAAGCUGGAAGCGUGUGUGUAAGGUGCACGAUCUACCGGGUCCUGUUUGUUUUUCGUACGUACGUACAUCCGCGCUCAAAAGUCUUGGGACAAGUGUUAAUAUUUUCGCUUGAGAAGUAGGAAAAUUAAAUGAUACUUUGGAUUAGAGAUCGCCGUGUGAAACGGUUAUUAAGGAAUAAUUACAUAUUUUUGUUUUAUAUAUAUUAUACGCGUUUUUAAUAUUACAUGUCGUUUUUAUAUAUAACAGUCUUUAGUAUAGUUCAGGAAAUUCUCGAUUGUUACAGGUGAACGAUUCUUAAUGUGACAGGGAUUUCAUCUUUUGGAUGGAUAGUGUUCUUCUAUACAAGAUUUUUAAAUGUUGUGUUCAUUAUCGAAUCGCAGAGCCGCACGUACUUCUACUAAAUAAAAUCUCUAUAAUAAUAAAAUCUCCAAGUAUCAAGAUAUCAUUGAUUCGCAAAGUCAUUUAAACUCUGAGAUAUUGACAAAGUCGUUAGUAGCUUUUGAAUUAUACUGCAUACGGUUUACAUGUGAAAAGUCUUCAAUAAAAUGCACAUAGAAUUGCUGAAUGUUAAAAAUAAAAAAUUUCCUAAGACUUUUGAGUGAGAGUGUGUGGUAGCUUAGUAAGGUAGUAUAGUAACGCUGAGUAAUAAGCUUGGUUAUUUAACUACCGCGUUAAGGGUUGACGCGUUGACGGGUAUUUUCCUAUCGGACGUUCAAAGAAACUGAGCGGUCCAGGUAGCCACGACGUUGUGUAUAUUGAUUUUUAUUCCACACUAUAUAAUCUGUCGAUCGGUCGUAGCAGUGGAAUUCCAAUUUUCCUCGUGAUCCGUUUUUUCUCUUUAUUUCUCCGGUUUAGGCCUGUCCCAUUCAUCUACUAGCACUCCACGAAGCGUUGCUUGUAAAUGGAUAA